AUGGUGACGUCAUCGCCUCUUCCUCCCCCUGCUGCACCGCUGGUUCCAGGUCCUUCCGCUUCCCCUGACGUCUUGGAGCAUGCCCUUUCUGAGAUGACCCAGCUGCGAGAAGAUCUCCAGGGCAUCGAACCCCACCUGGCAGUUGGGCGCCUGGAGCUGGCCUCUGCCUGGCUUCAUGCCGACAUGUCCAUUGAAGCGGCGCUGAGCCAGGCCGCGGCGGCCUCCGAGGGGGAGAAGCAGGCUGCUGCCGAGGCAGCAGCUGCUCGCGAGGCGGCGGUGAAGGACGCCGAGGCCGCCGAGGGUCGUUGCAGGGAACUGGAGGCCGAACUGAAGGCCCUGCGGAACGAGCAUGCGGAAGAAGCUUGUGGUCGCAAAGCAGAGGAGGAGAAGAUGAAGGCCCGGGAGGAUGCCGUCAAGGGUCAUGACACCGAGCUGACGCAGUCGGCGAAGGCGUAG